CAGGUAACCUCCCCUCAGCUCCCACCCCACACAAAACCGGCACCCCCGGCAGCGGGGUGGAGCUGCGGCGCUGCGAGCGGAGCCUCUCGCAGGGCCAUGGGAACGUGAGCACACGGGAGGGACCUGGGAGAGGAGCUGCGAGCCCUGGGUAGGUGACAGCCAGCCCCCACCAUGGUGUCCAUGGGGCUCCAGCUGCUGGGCUACACCGUGGCCUUCCUGGGCUACAUCGGCACGCUGACGGCCACGCUGCUGCCCAGCUGGAAGACCAGCGCCUACAUCGGCUCCAGCAUCGUGACUGCUGUCAGCUUCACCAAGGGGCUGUGGAUGGAGUGUGCCACCUACAGCACGGGCAUCACCCAGUGCGACAUCUACAGCUCCCUGCUCAACCUGCCCGCCGACAUCCAGGCGGCACAAGCCCUGAUGGUCAGCUCCUGCGCCGUGUCCUCCCUGGCCUGCCUGCUCGCCGUCGUGGGCAUGAGGUGCACCGUCUUCAGCCAGGGCUCGCCGGGCAAGGACCGGCUGGCGGUGGCRGGGGGCGCAGUCUUUGUGCUCGGGGGGCUGCUCUGCUUCAUCCCGCUGGUGUGGAACAUCCACGUGGUGCUGCGGGAUUUCCGCAACCCCGUCCUCCCCGACAGCAUGAAGUUCGAGCUCGGGGAGGCUCUUUACCUGGGCAUCAUCUCCUCCCUGCUCUCCCUCAUCGGCGGCUUCAUCCUCUGCGCCUCCUGCCCUSCCCGGGAGCCGACGAUCGCCUAUUCCAGCGCCCACCAGCCCCAGCUGCUGGCRAGCAAGAGCCCCCGGCCCUCUGUCAGCCAGGUGCAGAAGACCAAGAGYGAAGUCAAUUCCUACAACCUGACAGGAUACGUGUAGUGGCUGCAGGUGGGAAGCAGGCUGGCAGCUCUCCCGGCUCCCCAGAGUGUCCGGGCUGGCACCAAGGGAACGCGGUAAGAGCAGUGGACACGGCGGCAUCGCCCGUGCUCAGCCCUCUCACGUGCUCGGGGGGGUGACCCCGUUCUCUCCCUGGGAUUCUGAGAGCCUUGUGACUGCUUGGAGAUCCCAGCCGGUGGCUUACGUUGAUGAAGGACCCUGAAUCCGGCUUCUGUUCCCUACUCCAUGCUGCCAGCUCGCAGGCAGCCCCUGGCACAGCGGGACCCCAGCCUGCAGCCCCAAUGAACCUGCCURGACGGGGGGAGUGGGCUUGUGGCCCCAGGGACCAGCCCGCUGGCCAUGGAGGCAUCCCAGCAGGGUCAAGGGCAUGUGCGUGGGUCUGGAGUCGCUGCUGGGGGGGUGAGUGCCGGUUGCAAACCGAUGUCGCAAUAAAUAUGUCUUUCUAGCCAGACUGUAUCCGAGCUUU